UAGUUUAGUGAGAACUUGACUGAAACACGCCAUAAAAUGUACAAAUUCCUUUUGGUAGUCGCCUUAUUCUACAUAUGCCAAACUGCAUCUGCAGAGGGUCCAGAAAUACCAAUUUUGGCAUCUGAAAACGUUUUGGAAAAUGAUGGAAAGUUCCAUUACAGUUAUGAAUCCGGUGAUGGUACCAAAGUCCACGAAGAAGGCGAAGUCCUCCCAGGCGCGAAACCAGAGGAAGGUUUAGAAAAAGUACAAGGUGGAUUCGAAUUCAAUUCUCCUGAUGGACAACAUUUCGUCUACAGUUACACCGCCGACGAAAAUGGAUACGUACCACAAGGUGAUGGUAUACCGGAAAUUCCUGCUGCUAUAGUGAAGUCUUUGGAAUGGAACGCUGCUCAUCCAGAAAAGCGUUAAAAAGAAGGACGUGAUGAUUGGACUAAACGACGAUUAAGGCAACGAAAACGGUACUUUGUAAAUAAGCAACUAGAGAUAAAAUGUAUAAAAAUAUUUUCUUUAAUAAAGAACGCUUUGGAACAAUUAA